UUCGUCCGUCCAUCGCACUACAGCAUGCGCAGACUAGGGUCAGCGAAUCUCGCUGUCGUUAGCAUGAAAUCCCAUUCCUAUCUCCAUGAAUUCCCCUGGACAUUCUGGAUGCCGUUGGAGGAUCAGCACACUACACUUCCUUCACGAGCUUGCGGUUCUGCAGAAGCUGCUGACAGGUGCCAUCAUCCUCCGCUCUUUUACGCAUGGCCCAAGUCCUGGAGGUCAUGGGUUAGUGCAAAUGCAUUAGGAUGGAUAGUGCGUGGUGUAGUAGCGCUCUGUUUCAGUGGUAGUUUUCCCGUAGUUGUCCCCAUUCCUCGUACUGGAGUGGACGGUUCCGCUUUCGUACUGUGGGUAGCAUCAGGGGCCAAGCUUCUAGCAACCAAACACUUUAGAUUCCAAUUCUCCAUUACUUGCCUGAGAAGCAACGUGCAGUGGAGUUUAGACUAGCAGCAAAGCAGCAGGUGGUGGUGGGUAUAGAGGACUCCCGCGCCUCAUCCCACUUCUAUAUAAAUCCCUUUCACUACAGUUACCUGGCGAUGCUCAGUGUGCUGCAGGCGCCAGACAGGCGUUGAGUGUUGAGAUGUCGCCAGAGGCAGGCCGGCUUGCUGCUGCUAUUGAGAGCAUGGCAGCGGUCAAGCUUCACGACAGUCUCCAGCUGCCUGACGAGCUCCUGCAGCAGGUGUUCGCCUUUCUUGGACCCCGCGAGUUGCUCAGGGUGGGUGGAGUGAGCACGCUGUGGCACCGAGUGUCAUGUUCGGACCCCAUCUGGGAGAGCAUCUGCGUCCAACGCUGGAGCGUGUGGGACAAGUACCCAGCCAUCACGUCCGCGCUCCCCGCAGAGCAAUCCCGGUCAGCCGGAGCCAGAGCCGGAGCCGGAGUCGGAAGCGGUCGAGCAGAUAGUCAGGAAGCUAGGCUAGACAGGUUUCGCCAUGCGAUCUCCUCCGUCCCCUCGUCGGCUGCUGGAGGCGCGUCGGAAUUAGCUAGCAGGCAGCCUGGUAGGCAGGACCCUUGGAGCGGAGUAGAAGGCAGAGCGACUACAGCGAGACGAGAUGUCCCUUCGGGCUCUGCUGAGGAGGAGAGCGGGGAAAGCCCGCCGCGUGACAGCUCACAUCUCUGGCAGACUGGUGCGUCGGCCCGCAGGGAGGCAGCAGGGGCGACUGCCACUGCCACUGCCACUGCGGCUGCGACCGCGACCGCGACCGCGACUGCAUCCGCUGACGCGGCUGGUCCGUCCGCAGGUGCUUCGGUUAGGGAAGAGGCAGCAUGGCAAGGGAUCACAGGCAGACUAAUCCGGGACGACAGGUUGGGGAGAGGUGCCGGUGCGUCGGCGGUGGAGAGUGCGACGGUCUUGGGUAGCGCAGGCGACGUGGGAUUCGACGUGAGAGGCGAUGUGAGGGGCGACGUGAGGGGCGAUGUGAGAGAGGUGUACGAGGCGUGGGUUCGCGAGGGGGGCGACGACGAGGCGAGCGACGGGCGGUCCGGGUGGCAGGAGUUUUCGCGGAGAGCGCGGCACUGGGGGUGGCGGGCGGUGUUCCGGUUCAGAGUGGUGCUGGAGGAGGAGGUCCGGGGCGUGCUGGCGGACAUGGCGUGGCCCUUGCGCCGCCCGCAGGCCAUCCGGACAGUGCUGCAGCUGGGAAACCUCGUCGUCGAGGAGCUGGAGCGGCUGGCAGAGACGGGCGACGCCCUGUCGGCCGGGACUCGGUUCUUCGCACGAGAGGCGUUGCAUCACCUGCAUACGCGCACAUGCGUGCUGGACAUGAAGCGCUUCCUCCGCCUGCCGCCUGACACGUUGGAGGACGAGAUCGCUCGCGGGGCGCUAAUAGUUGCAAAGCUGAGGUACCGGGAUCUGGACACGGACGCAGUCUUACAUCGCCUGGCAGACACUGCUGCUGUUCUCCGCACACGCAUCGCCAACAGCCCACAAGUGUCUGCAUAUGGUGGUCCGUCCACCCCUCGUGGCGCAGUGGCUGCUCUGCAGCUGCUGAACGGGCUCCUCUUUGGCCCGCCAGGCACCGCCGCACAACCCCGACCACCACACCAACCCCAGCAACAGCAGCAGCGCCAACCCCUACACCAGCAGCAGCAGCCGCAGCUGCAACAGCAAGACCAGCUCCAGCAGCAGCACCCUGUACAGCAGCAGUUGCAACAGCAAGCGACUCGGCCGCAGGCGCAGGCGCGGGCACAUGCAGAGGAAGGAACAGCAGGAGGUGCGGAGGGGAGGCGAGAGGUGGAUGAUAGGAGCAGAGAGGCGGCUGCCAGACGGGCAGAAGCAGGGGCUCCAGGGACUGCCCAAGAAGUUGCCGCUGCUACUACAGGAGCUGAUACAGCUGCUGCAGCUGCUAGCACUCUUGGAGCUGUUCUGGCCGGUACCACUGCUGCUGCUGCUGGUGAUGAAGAGGAGGCAGGAGCGGAGGCGGAGGAGGAGGCAGGAGCGGAGGGGGAGGAGGAGGUGGAGGAGGAGGAGGAGGAGGAGGAGGAGGAGGAGGAGGAGGAGGAGGAGGAGGAGGAGGAGGAGGAGGAGGAGGAGGAGGAGGAGGAGGAGGAGGAGGAGGAGGAGGAGGAGGAAGGGGAGGAGGAGGAGGCAGGCAGGGCGCGCGAGCAGGAGGAUCCGGAGUGCUUGCAUCUGGACGGUAACAGGGACGACUACUACAACCCGCGCAACUCCUACGUGAACGACGUGCUGGACUCGCGGCGAGGCAUCCCCAUCAGCCUGGCCGUGAUCCACUCCGCCGUGGGGCGCGCGUGCGGCAUCCCGAUGCGCAUGGUGGGCAUUCCGCUGCACUUUCUCACCAAGGUGGGCGAGGACGGGGGCGCGCAGGAGCGCUUCAUGGACUGCUUUAACCGCCGCCUGCUGCACCGCGAGGAGUGCGUGCAGCUUAUCAGGUCUAUGGGGUUGGAGUACAGCCCGCGUCUGCUGGCGCCUGUGGGUGCGCAGGCGGUGCUCGUGCGCAUGUGCAACAACCUCCUCGCCAUCUACGCACAGAGGGAGGCGGAUGGGGUUGGCAGGACCCAGCCGUCAAGAGAGGCGCAGCGCCGUUUGCUCCCCCUGCUGGACCUUCUUCUCGCGGUGAACCCCAGCGACGUGGGCGAGCGCUUCCACAAGGCGAAGCUGCUGCUCACCGUGCCUGACUUUGACGCGGUUACCGCAGAGCUGCACGUUCUGCUGCAGGCGUCAGGGCAGCAGGGCGGCGUGCCGGGCGCCGUGCCGCGCGCGCUGCUGCAGCAGUUCAUGGAGAACGCCCAGCAGAUGCGGCGGCAGCACGAGCUGUGGUGCAAUGAGAGGUUCACGCCCCGGCCAGCGGACCUGGCGUUCCGAGUGGGCACCAUAGUGCGGCACCGGCGGUUUGGGUACCGCGGGAUUGUGUUUGGGUGGGACCCGCGCUGCACGGCGGAUGAGACAUGGAUAGCUCAGAUGCAGGUGGAUAAGCUGCGGCUCGGGCGCGUGCAGCCCUUCUACCGCCUGCUCGUGGACGUCAGGGACCACCCUCACCACACCACCUAUGUUCCUCAGGAGAACCUCGUUCCGUCGCCAGAGGUUGGGCCGGUGCACAAUGAGGAGCUCGGCGCCUACUUCCUUGGCCUCAGAGCGGGUCGGUAUGUACCAAACGCCUACUUGCGAUAUCGCUAUCCUGAUGACUUCGCGGAAGUGCCAGGAAGAUAGGGAACCAGCAGGAGCGGAGCAUUGGGCGCGUAGUGUAGAGUAAAGGCCACACUGGAGGUGUUGAGUGCGGCUUGGAGUGGCUUUGAGUGAAAGUCACUGGUGCUCGUGCAUGUCGUCAUGCUUGGUGCAGCAGGGCAAAUGGUUGAAGCCUAAAGGCGUGUCCUCUGCUCGCCUUUUGGUGUGUUAAUAUCAGAAAUGUCUCAUUUGAUGCAAAACAGUAUCAUCUAGCAUUGGGAAAGCUUGCUUUCUUAUUUCUUGCAAUGACAAUUUGGUUGGA